AUGUGGAGGCAAGUAAUAGCCAGGUUUGGAGUACCGGAGGUCAUUAUCUCGGAUAACGGGACACAGUUUGCCGAUAAAAAGUUCGAAGAGUUUCUUGACGGAUUGGGCAUAAGGCAGAAAUUCUCAUCAGUUGAACACCCCCAAACUAAUGGCCAAGUCGAGGCUACGAAUAAGGUCAUCUUGCAAGGCCUCAAAAAGCGACUUGACCAGAAGAAGGGAGCGUCGGCAGACGAGGAGACCCUCUUCCGGCUCACCUAUGGGGUGGAUGCAAUAAUACCCAUGGAGAUCGGUGAACCGAGCCCACGACUACUGCUGGGAGGAGUCGAAGAGGCUGUAGAAAAGGACUUGGUGGAUGAAGCUAAGGAGAUGGCCCACUUAUCGGAGAUGGCGUUGGAAUAA